AUUAUGGCAUUAGCGGUUUAGGAGAUAUGCACAUUAAACCUAUUAGGGGCGGGACCACGCCCACUUUAAAAAAAAUUUUAACUGCAGAUGCCCCUCCCUAUUGUGAUCCUGUAUACCAAAUAAGAGUCUUGUAUCUUGUUGUGGAGCUUAAUUAUGGCAAUUUAUUUAUUUUUGAAUAAUGUACACAUACACAUACAUAUACAACAAAUUAAAAAUGGUACACAAAUAAAUUACCUUCCUCAUAAAAAUGCUUAACGCUGAAUGAGAGAAUGAAACAACAAAGUUUCAUGUUUGAACUAAUCCUGGAUGCUUGAAAUUAGAAAUUUUGAUACCGGCAAUAAGAUUUACAUCGUCUUUUAAUACAAAUAUUUAUUAUAGCCUUUAAAACAGGUUCCUGAGCCAAUAUAAGUAUGCUAAUGCUUAUUCCAAUUUUCCGUACAAAUUUGCCAUACAAGAACUUUAUUUUGAUUGAUCAGUUUGUGUGGCAGCUAUAUUCUAUAGCAUUCAGACCGAUGUCUUAAAAUUUCAGGGACAAGUUCGCGCAUAUAAAGAUAGAUAGACGGACAUAGCGAAAUAGACUAAGGACUUCACGCCAUUAAUUUAGAUUAUAACGCGUAUUUAGCGUGGGCUAGUCUUAACCCGUUAAAUACGUGAAAAGAUUUAUUGUUUAUUUGAUUGAUUUAUUAGCGCGGGUUCACACACGAAGACUUUUGUUGCCCAAAAUCGUAGUUUGCAUGCGAGGAGGCGACGGAGAAAGACGAAGUGCGCCGAGUUGUUCGUGUUCAUGUUUUGUGUUCUUGUUUGUAACAGUUCGAUAUUCUGUUUCAUUUCGAAAUUCCUUGGUUGCCGUUCCGCUCGGACUUAAAUGAAUACUUACAAUAUGUUCGAAAAUUUGAAUUUUGUCACGCAUUUAUUUGUAUAUAAUAUGCAAAUAUGUUUAAAAUAAUGCAUAAUAUUAUAUGUACCACGUCUAUAUAAUAUAAAAUUAAUAUUAUAAAAAAUGGUGAAUAAGGAUACAAAUUAGCUAAACAAAAAUAUUAUAUGUACCAGGUCUAUAUAAUAUAAAAUUAAUAUUUUAAAAAAUGGUGAAUAAGGAUAAAAAUUAGCUAAAGAAAAAUAUUAUAAGUACCACGUCAAUAAAGGGUACAAACUUUGACAAUAUGAUAUGAAAUAGAAUGCAUAAAAUUGCCCGACUCAUAUCGUCUGUGUGAAUGCAAUGGGCAACACUAAAUGAGAAUUAGAAAUUCAGUGUAAGAUUGAAAGCUAUGGAGUUUAUUAUAGUACAACUCAACUCCUCAAAUUCACCCCAAUGAUUUGUAGUUUAUUCUGUAUAUCUCUCUGAACUGGUUAUUUAUAAGAUCACCAUACUUGAACACAAACACAACGAAAAGGGUUUUCUUCUCUCAUAGGUAUGUUAUUAUUCAACAGGUAAACGGAAAGCCAGCGUAAUCUCCAUUAUAAGGUGAAAUGUGUGUGUACAGCUACACAUACAUAUACCGUGAGAGUGCGUAAAAACCUGUUGCUGUAUGUGUUUGUACAAAUUUACCUUACGAUACUAAUAUACACGUUGAACGAGUAUUGCUAUGAUGGCUGUUGCUGAUUGAAAUGCCAGUAAAACCGUGUUCGUUGCGCCUUAAAUAUGCUGCUAAAACGUUUCAGCGUUGUUAGAGCUUUUUAACCAAAUUAAAAAAAUCAAACAAUAGUAAAUAGUUGCACUUACUUAUCCUAACAUGUUUUAAAAAUAAUUAAAUCCAGUUCAAAUCUGAUUGGACUAAUAUUAGUUACAUAUGUAGACGGCUAAAAGCCCUCGUCUAAAGUGCAAUAAGAAAUAAAAGGUAAAAAGUUAAUCGCUGCGAUUACGAAAACAGGUAGGUAAGUAUGUAGGCAAGUGGACAACGGCAUGGAAAUACAUUAAGCUGUGAAAACCUUGGGACAUGUCUACAAAUGUGAAAAUCCGUUAAUUUUAUUUAUAGAAUAUAUAUAUAUAAGCAUGUAUAUACUCGUAUAUACAUAUAUAAUAUAAAGGCAGAACGAAAAUAUUCCUUCCCAAACGCACAUAUGUACAUAUGUACCUAUAUGCGAAAGAAAUUUGCUUAGUCAACACUUCAAUAUUUUAAACAAAUCCACGAAAAUACUCGAACUAAUAUAACAAAUGCAAAAGCCAAUAAAAGGAAAAUACAUCCUGUGAUCAUAUUCAAGACAUUCUAAUAAGCCAACAGCCAUAAAGCAGGCCUUAAAAAGGAAAUAUGCAGGUCUCAGAAUAUUUGGUGUCAGUAUAUAUCGCAACAUGUGGACAAAAUGGGCCCGGACUUGGAGCGGAUGAAAAGGAAAUAAUAUUGCUGGUUUAUAUUAUUUUGGAAGCUAGUAGCGGAAAGAUUAUUGGAACAAAGCAGCUGUUGGUACGACCUGAUGGCAGUUUUGCGAAGGAUCGCACAGUGUCCGGCUCAUCAGAUGUUGCAGUAAUGGUAGGAAUUUCAUCGCCUCCUCUUGCAUCCCAAAAUGCUGAUGCCAUUAACAAUAACAACACUAGCAUUAGUAACUCAAACACACUGUUGAAAAAUGUAUACAACAAUCCAAGUACAACUGUAAUUCAUAGCAAUAAUACUAACACGAUCACAACUGAAUCAAGUAGUGGUAUUGAAGCGGCAGAUUCGAUUACAACAACAGUUAAUACAACAUCAGUCCCCGAUACAAUUGAGCUGCCUGUAGCAGUUGCUCACUCUCAGGGAAAGCCCCUCCAGGAAGCAAUAGACGAGUUUGAUGAAUAUUUACGCUCUUUGACAUUAUAUGGCGAUGAUAUCGAUAGUAUCAAUUUCAUUACUGACGGGCAACUUCCCUUACGCCAGUGUCUUCAUCGCGAAGCCUGCGCCAAAAAUAUCCGGCUACCGAACUAUUACAACCGCUUUUGUGAUCUUCGUAAAGAAUUUCUCAAGUACAAGUCGGGUGACUUAUCACGCGCUUUGGUUCCCGUAAAGGAUAUAAAAAAAAUACUCCAAAUACCAACAGCUGCGGCUCCUCAGAGUAUCGGAGAAAUGAUGAAAGAAUUAAAUAUUACCACUAGUGAAGAACAGGAAUUCUAUGUUAAAGAAUCUCGCGAAAUGGUGUCGGUGAUACAAGUAAUGCUGAAAGGAGGACACAAAUUUAGAGCAAAUGAAAUAGUAACCCUUGUUCUGGAACCUGGAAUUUGCUCAAUUGACGACGACAUAGACGGUAAUUGUAUUGUACGCGCUCGAGGUUUGCCUUGGCAGAGCAGUGAUCAGGAUAUAGCUAAAUUUUUUCGUGGUCUGAACGUUGCCAAGGGUGGUGUUGCUCUUUGCCUAUCGCCUCUUGGGCGGCGUAACGGUGAAGCUCUUAUUCGAUUUGUAUCACAAGAGCAUCGCGACAUGGCACUAAAACGUCACAAACAUCAUAUUGGAAGUCGGUACAUUGAGGUUUAUCGCGCCACUGGCGAAGAUUUCUUAGCCAUUGCAGGCGGAGCUUCUAACGAAGCGCAGGCUUUCCUCUCCAAAGGUGCACAAGUCAUAAUACGAAUGCGGGGCCUACCAUAUGAUUGCACCGCCAAACAAGUAUUGGAUUUUUUUACCACUGGGGAGGACCCUUGUACUGUUCUUGAUGGUGUAGAAGGAGUGCUCUUUGUCAAAAAACCAGACGGCCGAGCGACUGGUGACGCCUUCGUGCUAUUUUCUAUUGAGUCGGAUGCACCUAAGGCCCUUUCUCGCCAUCGCGAAUCAAUAGGGCAGCGUUAUAUAGAACUAUUUCGCUCGACAACAGCAGAAGUUCAACAAGUUUUAAAUCGUUCUAUGGACCCAAGGACUUAUGAAGCUAAUCAACAACAGCCACUUAUUUCCCAAUUGCCGUCAAUGUCGCUAUCGCUGCUACCUCAGCACUUGAUUACUUCAGGAACCACAAAGAACUGCAUUCGUUUACGUGGCCUACCUUAUGAGGCCUUAGUCGAGCACAUUUUACAUUUUUUGGACGAUUUUGCAAAGCAUAUUAUAUUCCAAGGAGUACACAUGGUUAUCAAUGCCCAAGGUCAACCUAGUGGUGAGGCUUUCAUUCAAAUGGAUUCAGAGGAGUCCGCGCGCUUGUGUGCACUACGCAAGCAUAACCAGUUUAUGAUGUUUGGUAAAAAGUACCGAUAUAUUGAAGUAUUCCAGUGCUCUGGUGAUGAUAUGAACAUGGUCCUGAAUGGCGGUCUACAAUCCCCUAUUUCCGCGACACCGCAUCCCCAUCAAUCAGCUGCAUCUAAGCAGUCAUCGCUGCUUUCACCGGGUAUGUUACCUCAACCGUCGCCGUCCAACGCACAGGCAAUUAGUUCUCAUACGCAUGCUCACGCUCACAAUCAGGGUCAUUCUAAUGCCCACUUUCACACUCAUGGCCAAAGUCCCCAUAUAACACAUGCGCAUGCGCAUACGCAUGCCUUGCAAUCAUCACCACCGAUGGCAGCAGCAGUAGCUGUGCUAUCACAACAGCAGCACGUUGCGCUGCCAUCAACAAAUCCACAAACUGUGGCAGCUAUGACAGCUACAGCAGAUAGCCUGUCUCCCUUUAUGACAACCGCAGUUGGUACACUAUCAAAUGCUGCUCAGCAUCAAAGCAUAACGGUGCAAACAAAUGCUGCCGCCGCAGCCGCUGCUGCUGCUGCAGCUGCACAAAAUGCUGUUCCACUCGGUGGACUAGGAAAUUCGCAAACUUCCACAUUACAAAUUCCACCAAGCGCUUCCAAUGUACAAACAUCUGCUAUGACUGCAUAUCCUUUUAAUUAUUCUUUACCAUCGCCUCAGUUGUCUAUGGGAGCUAACUCUGCGAUUAUUGCGCAACAACAGGCUCAAUAUAUCGCGCAGCAAAAUUUGUUGGCACGCCAGCAAGCUGCAGCUGUGGCUGCAGAGCAUCAACAACAACAGCAACAACUGUAUGCAAAUUUUAUGAACCCUUUGCUAUUCCAACAUCCGUCCGCUCCGGGUGCGUCUAAUGUAACGUCCCCUAGCCCUUCUGCUGCGGGUACAGCUGCAACGCAUCAUCAGUUUGUGCUUAUGCCGCGCCCAUUCUCCUUUCAACCAUUUCCGAUCGGUUAUUUGCCACAAAGCUAUCCAUAUGCAGCAACUGCAACGGGUUUGAGUGGUGCGAGUGCACCAGCUCCAGUCGCUGGCGUCAUGCCCAACGCAACAAUGACAGCAGGCCCAACCAUGCCCCAUUCCAUGAAGCGUUCGUAUGAGAAUGCCUUCCAGCAUGAAAGUAAUAUUGCGACUGCCGCUAAACGGGCUUUUACACGCCCUCCCAAUGCCGGUAGUUUAUACCAGUUUUAUAAUCCUGGAAUUUAGUCAGGUUGAGAUUUGGAAUUAAACACAAAAUGCUAAUAAUAGGACGAAUUAAUCCUUCAUCAAGUAGUACAAGGUUUUGUGCGGCCAGGCAGUUCUUGUACUUUCAUGUAAAAACAACAAUCCGACACUCAUUUGUGGUUAAAAUUUUAGUCCAGGCUAAGUAUUUACCUUCCAAUGUAAAGAUUGACGUGGUUGCAUCACGUAUAAAUUCCCUUCAAUAACAUUUUUUUACAUUUAAAAAGUAUAUGUGAAAUGCUGGCGACUAAAAGGUAUGAUUGCAAUAAAACUAUUAUUUUAUACUGUCAUUUAAAUAAUUAUUCACAUUGUUUCCGUACAAUAUGCAUCUACGGUCUUAUGGAAGAUUAGCUUAAUACGAGUUGAGGGAAAAAUUAGGUGCUGUUUUGGCAAAAGCCUAUACGCUCAAGCUCUUAAUGUUAACCUAUUUUCCAUAUCGAACAUAGGUAUGUACCAUAUAUACAUGGCACAUAACCAGUUAUACAUAUCUACAUAUCCACUUUAAAUCAUAUACUUCCAUAUAUACGAGUACUUACCUAGUAAGAGUUCAUAGAAAUAAGAAAACAAUUGUGUUGUUUUGAACUGCAAUUUGGUUUAGAUAUAUUAGACUGGAAUAUCUUAAAUACAAAUUACAUCCGAUGUGUAAAGUUUAUCUGGGUAAUAUUAUAUAUGUAUUUAUCUAAAAAACGAUUAAUUCUUGGCAUCUCAAUCUCUGUUAAUUUAUUAAUAUUACCGCGUGAAUUUUUAAUCUUUUUUAUGAACUUAACAUAUCAACAAAAUACAAAUAAGGCGAAACAACGCAAGAAGUUGAAAGAGGCUAGUAAUAUUCAUUAAUAAAGUGCUUAACAGCUGCGCCAUUCACAUGUUUGUGAAAAAAAUACAUUUUGUAAGACUUGUGCAAUUUCAUUGCUUAAAAUUAAAUAAAUUUUCCUUAAUUAUUUUUGCAAUUGAAGGGCUACUUCGUAAAUGAAUAUUGCAAGGUGUUGGAUUUGUAUUUGCCUUAAACACAAAACGUUUUGCUAUCAAUAUAACAUAAUUCACAAACUUUGCUGAGCUUUUUUAUAUGAACACUAUUCAUAUGUACGUAUUUGCUUAAUGCAAAUAAAAAUCUGAUUAAACAGCUUUUAAAUUCUAAGGAUUUUUUACACUUUUCAGUAACGAUUGAUUGAAAAAAUCUAUUUGCAAAUAAAUGUAGCAUUUAAAUGGAAAAAAUUAUGAUUUCUAAAAUCGCUAUAGUUAAACAUCUUGAUACUAAAUAUUAUAUAUAUGUUAUACUAAUUUUACAUGGCAAUAUAAAUAUCGUUCCUUAGAGCAAAUAAUUUUAAAGUAAUUUCAUACACAAAUUUAUAUACCUACAUAUGUAUAUUAAUAAAAAAAAAAAUGUCAAAUCUGAAUGGAUUUGUCUCCAUGGAGCGAUAUUUUAAAUUAGACUAAAUAUUAUUAAGGCUAAAAUUCUAUAUUCACUCUAUUAUAUAAAUCAAUAUGAAUAUAACUAGUUACACUUCGCUUGAAUUGCUCAAGUGUGAGUUCAAUAUUACUUGUAUAGGUACGUUUUCUUUUGUGUAUAUUUAAUAUGAGUUCAUCAUUAUAUGUGCAUAUGUAUAUGGUGUUAGUCGCAUAUUGAUUUAUGUUUAGUGUCAUCACUAAUUUUUCCCAUUUGCUUACAUCAAUUUGGUCGAAAGAGUACAUAUUUUACUCAUGAAAAUAAUAUUUUAAAAUUUUUAUUCAAGCAAAAGUUUUACCAAAAUGUGUCGUUUAUGUACUUAUAUAAUUAUUUUUUAUAACCAAAUGACUUUAGCUAAAUUUUAUAUUUACAUGUAUUUUAAUGAGCUUCUUCUCUACUUUUGAUGUGCGUCUGACAAAAUUUGCCGCAAUCAAUGCACAACUCUAUGCCAUUCUUUAUAUAAUUGUAAUAAAAAUUAAAUUUUGAAGAAACGUUAGAAUACUCGCUUCAAUAUAACAGUAAUAAUUUGUUAUGUCGAUUGUAAAUGCUAUACCUAUUCCUUUAGAAUUUCGUGAGUUACGGAUAAACCGAUUUUAUUACAGCAUGUAUGGUAGUAGGGCUGAAAACAAAAGUUAUUAUAACAGACAAUCUUAAUUUUAAAUACAAUAAUUUUCUGUUAAUUCGGGAUGAAAAUAUUAAGCACUUGCGUUGUUACGUUGCUAGUAACAUUGAGAAGUUAUACCUAUUAAAAUUGUAUGCCAAUUAUAUGUCUAUUAACUCGUUCGAUAGUAACUAAUUUAUUUUAUUGCAUGCUGAAAUAAGACCGCGUUUAUAAAUAUUAAAAAAAUACUUAGUAACUAUCGUUAUAAACAUAACCGAAUAUGCGACUGGAAAUCGAUUCUGUGUCCACUUAUGUAUAUGCACACCCUUAUCACAGUUUUUUGCACCAUAUCUUUCGACAAUAUGAUAAAUUCAUAUUAUUUCGCGAUAGCUUUUAUUUUAAUGCAACAGAUGAAGACUCACUAUACUUAAGGCAAUCCUUUCAAUACAUAAAUCUGUUUGUAGCUCAAUAAUUUCACCUUUUACUUAGUAAUAAACAUAAUAAUUUAAUGACAAAGAAACAUUUAAAUAAACAA